AAAGGUUUAGUAACAGUGUUCUGGCAACACUGACGCCUGCUCCUAUGGCAUAAAUGUAAACAAACAUGGCUGCAAGUCUAGUUAAGAAAAUUAUGAGUUUUAGUAUAUCAGGCAUUUCUGGAGGACCAGGAGGUUCAUCAAUACUGUCCAAUAAUACUGUUGGCUUGUUAACAAGUGUACGAAACGCCAGCAAGAAAUCAGGUGGCAGUAGUAGAAACAAAAAAGGAAGAGCGAGAGGCAAACGUCGAGGUAUCAAGAAAGCAGAUGGUCUGUGGGUCUCCCAAGGAACAAUACUUGUGAGGCAACUGGGACUUGAUUAUCUCCCCGGGCUGAAUGUUGGUAUUGGACGAGACAGAACUCUCUUUGCUAUAGAACAUGGAAGAGUUAUGAUGACAACAGAGAAAGUAAAUCCCAACUGGGACCACAGCUUUGUGAGACGUUUCUAUGCUGACCUUCAGAACCAGGAGGAUGUGCCAAUUUACAAAACAUAUUUCCAUAUAUUGACAGACCCUCAGAAACAGAAUUUCAAACUUGUUGAUCAAAUAUAAAUUAAGUUUUAAGAGAUUAUGUUGUACAUACUGCAGUUUCUUUUUGUUAAAUGCAUUCAUUAUUUG